CUGGAUUAUCCUAAAAACAAAACCGCAAAAAUGAACACUUUGUCGUUUGACGAUCCUUCGUUGGAUAAUCUGGAUCCGACAUUGUCGCUGCAUGACCCCAGCGAGAUUGACACGGCCCUUCUUAGCGACAUUGAUGACAUGCUCAAGUUCCUUCACCAGGAAGGGGAACUCGGAAGCCUCUUUGAUAACCCUCCAUACACAGGAGGACCCGCCGGCAGUCUGGAACUUCCUUGUCUGCCCCAAGUCGUCACAUCAUCCUCCCCCCUGUCCACCGCAUCUGCGCCUCCAUCCACGUCUUCUUCUUCUUCCUCCUCCGUCCUGAGCAGCAGCCCCCAUCUGGAUGCACUCCUGGGCCCUCCCAUCACCCGCAGCUCAUCCAGCCCAGACAAGGCCUUCCAGCCUACCACCACCUUUCAGCAGUCCCCGCUGGCCCAGGUGUCCAUCCCCACCCCGCGGCAGCAGCCGGCGUCCCCGCAGCAAGCUCACACGGUCGGACCGCCCAAAGUGGAAGCACCCCAGCCGGCUGUGGCCCAGGCUACGCCUGCCCCAGGAACUUUACCUCAUGGGUCCCCGGUCCUAAACCCUGCAUUCAACAGCACCCCCCCAAAACUCUUCACCUCCUCUUCACCGCCCCAAACUCCACCCCAGCCUCCAAAGCAGAUGCCGACGCACCUUCAGAGCCAGACUCCAAACAGAGGCCAGAACUGCUUCAUAGUCGGCAGCACUGUGAGCCAAGCGGCAGCCACCUUGUCCUCCUCGCCUCCCAAGGUCCAGCCAAUGGCCAUUCAGACUCCGGUCCAAGGCUUGAGUGCAGCCUCUCCUUUGCUGGCCGCGGCGGGAAGCCCGCCCGCUCCCGCGCUUACGUCUCAUGUUCAGCAAGUACCCGUGUUACUGCAACCCCAGUUUAUCAAAGCCGAGUCUCUGCUGUUGACCACACUGAAGCAUGACCCCUGCAUGGUCACCACCGUGGCCUCCACCACAUCGCUGGCCACCACCACCACUCCAGUUCAGAGCGCCUCACUGCAGGCAUUUGUGGGUGGGGGCACCUUCCUGACUACCGUGCCCGUCAUGGUGGAUGCCGAGAAGCUGCCAAUCAAUCGCAUCAUCAACAGCGGCAAGACGGGCGUUUUCCCCGCCAAGGGGGAGAAGCGCACGGCCCACAAUGCCAUCGAGAAGCGCUACCGCUCGUCCAUCAACGACAAAAUCAAUGAGCUCAAAGAUUUGGUCGCAGGCACUGAGGCCAAGCUCAAUAAAUCAGCCGUGUUGAGGAAAGCCAUCGACGUCAUCCGUUUCCUGCAGCAAUCCAAUCAGAAGCUCAAACAGGAGAACCUGGGACUGAAAAUGGCAGCCCAGAAAAACAAGUCUCUCAAGGACCUGGUUGCCAUGGAGGUGGACACAGUGGCUGACGUGAAGAUGGAGCUGCUUACGCCGCCGGCAUCUGACGUGGGUUCGCCCUCGUCUUUCUCGCACUGCACCAGUGACUCGGAACCCGACAGCCCGAUGGGAGAGGAUACCAAGCCACACGUGACCAUGCUGGACCAAUCGGCGAGCGGCAGCAGCGCCGGCGGCAUGCUGGACCGUUCUCGCAUGGCGCUCUGCGCUUUCACCUUCCUCUUCCUCUCCCUCAACCCCUUGGCCAACCUGAUCUGCUCAUCUGGCGGUGACACGGCAAGUGGUGCGUCCGGUGCCCCCCAUCACGCGGGCCGGAGUGUUCUGGGCUUGGACAUUGCGGCGGACUCAUGGGGCUGGAUGGACUGGAUGCUACCAACAAUUCUGGUCUGGCUUCUGAACGGCAUCUUGGUGUCGGGAGUUCUUAUCCGCCUUCUGGUAUACGGAGAGCCUGUGACCAGACCUCAUUCUGGAUCUUCGGUCUUGUUCUGGAGGCACCGCAAGCAGGCCGACCUGGACCUGGCGCGAGGGGAUUUUGCUCAGGCCGGCCAGAACCUUUGGACUUGUCUCAAAGCUCUGGGUCGCCCCUUACCCACCUCCCAGCUGGACUUGGCCUGCGCCUCGCUGUGGUCCUUCCUCAGAUUCUGCCUUCAGCGCCUCUGGGUGGGCCGCUUGCUGGCCGCCCGGGCAGGGGGACUACGAUCGGACCGCCCCCUGCAGGAGGACGCGUGCAAGAGCAAUCGAGAUGCUGCGCUGGUUUACCACCGCCUGCACCAGCUGCACAUGACAGGCAAACUGAAUGGGAGCCACCUUUCAGCCGUGCACAUGGCGCUCAGCGCGGUCAACUUGGCGGAAUGUUCCGGCUCCUAUCUGCCCGUGGCUUCGCUGGCCGAGGUCUAUGUGUCUGCGGCGCUCCGAGUCAAAGCCAGCCUGCCAAGGAUCCUGCACUUCACCUCUCGUGUGUUCCUGAGCAGCGCGCGUCAAGCGUGCCUGUCGUCCAGCGGGAGCGUGCCUCCGGCCAUGCAAUGGCUCUGCCACCCUCUUGGCCACCGCUUCUUUGUGGAUGGGGACUGGGCCAUUCGCAGCAUCCCCAAAGAGAGCAUCUACAGUCAGGCCGGCAACACUGUGGACCCGUUGGCUCAGGUGACUCAAGCCUUCAGGGAACACUUGCUGGAAAAGGCUCUUUACUGCGUGGCCCAGCCAAAAAGGGAGAAAAGCCCCAGUCAUGUCGAAGGGGAGUAUGCAGAUGCCCUGGAGUAUCUGCAGCUGCUGAUUAGUGCUUCCGAUGCAGCUGGCGCCACGUCGCAGUCCUUUGCUAUUGGCUCCAACAUGGCCACUGUCACAGGCUGCGACCCCCACUCUAAAUGGUGGUCCUCUGUCAUUGUGGUUAUCAUCAACUGGCUCCAAGGGGACGACGCGGCCGCCGAGAGGCUCUAUCCAACUGUCGAGCACCUGCCGCGAACGCUGCACACCGCGGAGAGCCUCCUGCCCAAGGCUUGUCUCAACACCUUCCGAGCGGUGCGGGCUCUGCUGUCCAAGCCAGAAAACUGCUACUUGAGUCUGAGCCACAGCGACAAGGCCAGCGCCCUGCUCAGAGACAGUCUCAACUUGGGCCCGCACUCUCACAGCUCCACUUUAGACAAGGUGGUGCAGUUGCUGUUGUGCGACUUGCUGUUGGUGAUGAGGACCAAUGUGUGGCGUCUUCAGCAACAGCAGCUGCAGGGGGCGGGUGCGGCCGGGACGGGCUCCGCGGGGGUCCAGCAGGCCUCCCCGCCCGAGCUGCAAGGCUUUCAGCAGGACCUCAGCUCUUUACGCAAGCUGGCGCAGAGUUUCAGGCCAGCCAUGCGAAGGUUGUUCCUUCAUGAAGCCACGGCCAGGCUAAUGGCGGGGGCCAGUCCCACGCGCACGCAUCAGCUGCUGGAUCGCUCGCUGCGACGUAGAGCCACGCCUGGAACCAAGACAGAGGAGUGCGAGGCACGGCCGGGCCAGCGCGAGCAGGCGGAGGCGGUGAUGCUGGCGUGCCGUUACCUCCCCCCGUCCUUCCUGUCUGCCCCCGGCCAGCGGGUGGGCAUGCUGGCCGACGCUGCCCGCACGCUGGAGAAGCUGGGAGAUAAGCGCACCCUCCACGACUGCCAGCAGAUGAUCAUCAAGCUGGGCAGUGGCACCACCGUCACCAACAGCUAAGAGGACCCCACCCGAUCAACUGACUCGUCUUGGGACCCGUUUGUAGAAAAUCAAAACUAAAGUUCUUGUUUGAACAGUGUUUUCCCACCUCGGAACUUUCUAGAUUCCUGAGCAGAAUCUGGGAAGUCUGAGCGUGAGUCCUGCGUAGUGCUACAGUUUGACCUCAGAGAGGCACCAAUGCAUCCUCAGCCAAUCGGUCGCGCCCGUUUUCCCAGAGAGUUGCUUCUUUUCAUUUGAUGAGAAGAAAACAACCUUAAGAGAUCCAUGAAUGAGGUUAUGGCUUUGUUUGGUUAUGAUGUGUACAUAUAAUAUUAAUAAUGUAUUUAUAAUCUGUAUGGAUUUUGAUCCUGCAGUAUUUGGCCUAUGUGGAAGAGCGAAUGCUGCUUUUGAGGGUUGCGUUGUCAUGGCGAUUGAGCGUCACCAAAUCAGAAAGGUGACAUUUUGCGCGUGAUCUUUGGUGGGGCGAGCCUGUUUGUGUGUCGCCAUGCACACGGCAGGCUAACUGUUAAGUGCAGUCCCCCCAAAGAACUGUUUUCU